AUGGCUGAACCCCCGCCAGAGCUCUCCUUCACCCCGCCUGGCACUCCCUUGAGCGCAUCACCGCGAUACCAUCAUAACCAACAACUCCCCAACACCUCCAUGGAAGAAGACCCGCAUGCUGAGGGUGCUCGCACUCCCAAGCGACAACGUGUGGACAGUGGUAGUGGAACUGGUAAGGGCAGUGACGUUCAAGAGAUUUUGUCCAUUGAAGCUGCCUCUGCUGCCUCCGCUGUUGCCGCCGUCACUGCUGCUACUUCAGUCACUUCACCUGCCACCAACUUCCACUCCCCCGCCAAAGUCACCAUCAACAUGAAAUCCCCUACUUCCGAAAUACCUGAACCUCUCGAUUCCUCCUCUCCCACUCUACUUGCCGCCGUCCCACAAUCACCUACCACCGCGACUCCCACUCCCAUCCUCAACUCACAUCUCGUCUCUGCCUCCGCCUCUUCCUCCCCCGAAGCAAGUCCUCAGAUCGAGAUCGCCGACCCGGAAGAUAUGGAGCAAGACUCUAAUAACUCAAAUUGGAGGCCCUUGGAGGAAAUCGUCCGCCGUGAUUCUCAGUCGGAUCUCAUUCAAGACAUCUCCGACAUGGAUCCAUUAAUCGACUUGUUCCCACGGUACCGUCCAGAGCUGAGUGCUUCCAACAGUGUCGCAAGAUUCAUCCAGAUCGUCGAUAAAGCUCACCCUGUUGUCUUUGACCGACUUGUAUUAAUGAUAUUCUUCCGCCGACCAGGUGAUAUGUACGAUGUGGGUAACAUCGUACAGAAAGUUCAGAUUUGGAUGGAGCACUGUGUUCUCAACCUGGAUCGUCUUACUCUCCAAACCUUUGCUCAAGAUGAGGAUUUUUGGUCAACUUUCCCGACCAUCGUGGAGCUUAUCCUCCGUCGCAAGAUGGGCCUGCUGCCCUGCCUAAAGAAGUUCAUUUUGAACUAUGUGCAGAUCACUCUCCACCUAGUUCAACAAGAUUGUAUCCUCUGGCGGGUCUUGGCCGACGAGCCCGAUCAACAAGCACCAGAAAGCAUGGCCAGGUUGUAUUUGCAACCGAUGGGAUGGCUGGUCUCCUUUCAAGGCAUUCCUCUCUACAGCAUCCUGGACAGGAUGUAUGGCAGUGAAUUCCGAGCGGUCUUGUUGGACAUCCGGGCACAAACUCUGGGCCCAUUGAAUGCUGCCGCGAACGUCGCAGAGCACUGCACUCUUGCCCUCGAGCUCAUCCCCAAAUACCCCCAUUUUGUAAAUAUGCUGACCAACUAUCUCACGACCAUAUACGGCCUUCUUGAGUGCACCCUGGAGUCCUUAGAGAACUCCGAUCUUCUCAUUUCAGAACCUACGACCUUAACUACUACCCCAGUCAAUCACCUUUACACGGCUCUCAGGUCGAUCGAUAUCAAAUACCAGGAAUGGGUCACAAAGAAAUCCCCCUGGUUGACAAGUGAUAUUAGUGAGCAGGUCGGGCGUCAUUUCCCUCGCAACCUGCAGGCUCUCUGCCGUUGGGGCGAUGACUUCUUGCAGAGACUUUCACAGGACAUGUCGAUCCAUCUCCCUGGCCAUCUUAACCCCGACGAGGCCACUCGCAUCCUUCUCGGGGGCUGGAAGUUUGACGUCCUGAAGAAGCAUUUCAUGGAAGGCCGCAUGGAGCUUCGAGUUCAUGGUGUUGAAAAAAUGCAGGCUGCACUGGUCGACGUGUGGAAGGAGUACAUUUCACAGAAUCCCGACGGAAUCUCGGACUCCUUUGUCCAGUAUCUCGUCCGCUUCAUUAAAGAGAACGAGAUCGUGGACUAUCUUGUGGGGGUCGAUUCGCAUCCUCAGCUGAUCGGCCGGAGCAGCAAUAUCGUCGGGUUCCUGGUGGUAACAUCAACAUAUACGGACCGCGAAACGGAUGUCAUCUGGAAGGCUGUCACAGAGAGUCAAGACAGCCGUAUUGUCUCGGAGGUACUGUCGAUGCUGACAAAGACUUUCUACAUGCACACGACUGCCUCUCCAGCCUUGCUUUACCUUUGCGAAAAACUCUCCAGUCUCCCCCUGGACAGAUUCGACGCUGGCAUGCUUGAAUUUUGCGACAGCCUUCUCGGCCAAAUGACACCCAGGCAAAACACCGGCCACAUGUUCAUGGAUCAAUCGGAUUCCCAACAUGCACAUGCCAUUCCUCUGCGUCUCUGUGUUCGUAUGAUCCGGGAAAGCACCGUGGCAGAAGAUCUCUCUGCGGACCAGAGAACGAAACUGCAGAGCUUCGGCAGUCGCAAGCUGUCGGAUUUCAUUAAGGCGGGCAUUGGUGAAGAUGACCGAAUGGAGAUGUACGAACGCUGCAUCCAAGAUAUCGCGGAGAUGAACCAGUUCACGACCGGUAGCAUCCAGGCGCUGAGUGCGCUCGUUCCCCAGUGGGACGCGCCGGAGAUGAGGAAGCUGGCAACCGAUUUCGACUUGACUCGGCUGGUGAUCAACGACAUGCUGCAUACUGUGAAUGGGACAAACUUUGAUCUCGCGGACUGUUUCUCCCAGCACGGCCUUGUGUCGCGAGUCGAAAUUUUAUCUCGCUUGAUCAACCAAGCCCCAGAGACUGUCACUCCGGAGCUUGGAAGUGCGUUGUGGAACCAAAUCCUUUUGUCACCGAAAUUAGGACCGGAAGGACACCGAUCUGUCUGGGCCAUGAUGGUCAAUUCUUUGAGUCGUAGUUCCUCGCCGAACUCAUUUCUCGACCAAUGCAUCCAUGAACACAUGCCUCACCUGACACCAAAGGACUAUGACUUUGAACUCCUACUGUUUGCAAAACAGUCAGUCAACUAUGAAAUCCGAUUCAAACCGCCUCCCGCCGCUGGCGACAACGAGAUUGUGUUCAUUCCGGGAAUGGAUCGCAUUUGGGAUAUCAUCCUUACCACUCCGCCGGGCACGGUUGAGGCCGAGGCUACGGAAUUCGCCAUUGAGGUUUACUUGGAUCACCAGAUCAUUCAAACCGCUCCACGAUCUGCCGUGAACGCUACUCAUGUUUCCAUUGUCGGCCGUUGUGUGAAGCAACUAAAGUCGGCCGCAGCGGCCAUAAAUGCGAGACCUAAAGCAGAUGGUGUGGCUAUGAAUGAAGCGACUGAGAUGGAUAUUGGAGGUGUGAAUGAAGCCGAAGAAUUAGAUAAAGAUAAACUCAUGUUUACACGGUCUCUUCUAUUUCUCCACCAGCUUCUGGAGGGCUUGCGAACUCGUCCUCGAUAUAGCCCUCCCCAAGGUUCGCCGCCAAGCUUGCCCCACCGGCCAGUUCGAGGCAGCCCACUGGAUCUGAGAUGGCAAUCCUUUCGCGAUGGAACCGCCUCGCAGAUCCAAUCACUGCGGAUCGGUGAUGAGUCAACGGCAGCAGAUUUGACAGAGAGGAUCACCCAACUCACUGGCUUUUCGAAAUUCUCAGCGAUUGCUGCAGGAGCUCGUUUGGACCUGUUUGGGGAACCCGACACUCGUCUAAAGGAGAUCAAGGCUCUUCAGGCUGGCCUCCUGAUCAUUCGAAAGUCACCAGAUGCGGAAGAGUUGCAACGCAGUAAUAAAUGUCAAUCACUCACGUCGGUGGACUCUGAGGUGAUGAAGUAUUUUGAUGAUAUCUACCAAUUCCUGGCGCUCAGUGAGCCGCUCGCUGAGCAGGUUUUUACGUUUCUAGUUGCCUUCCCGCCAAAUGAUUGGGUCUUGGAGCGUGUCAAGUCUCCAACUAGCAAUGUCAAGGAUCUUUUCCCCUUCGACCGGCCUUACAUCGCUUUUUACAUGUUCCAUACAUUGCUUCAUUGUAUUGAUGAUGAAGCCACCGAGCUGUCUCCAGAUUAUGAUUUUAUCCGGCAUGGUAUUGAUGUUUUGCGUGAAUUUUUGAUGGCCGACAAUUUAUCCAAGCUACGAAGUGAAGACCCGAUCAAUUCUGCCCUUGCCAUGACCGCCGUGGAGCUUCUGCUACGCCUGAUAGGCCGGGGAUUGACAUGCAACUCAUUUGCCGUUCUUGUCGAAGCUUCACUGCGAGACCACACCUUCUGGACGACAUUGAAGGAUUUAAUCGCAGUCAAGGAGCUGGUCCAGUCGCUCCUUCUUGAACAACACCACCAACCAAGCCGCAAUGACGUGGCUGAGCGUAUCAAAAAGGCCUGUGGCUUGCCGAAACCUCCGAAAAAGUCACCAAAUAGCAAGGUUGAGGGAGAGGGGGUCGUCUCCGUGUACUCUACAGAGAACCCCUCGCAUAUUGACAUGCUUGCAACCAUCUGGCAAUCACUGGUCAACAUCAUUCCUAAUUCCCUUUACUUCGCAACCCAGAGUUCAGAGCUUUUCAAGGUCGCCCUUUCGGUUUUCCAGUCGGUUACAGGAUCGACCCAUUGCGAUGCGACUCUAGAUCGGUACGUCGAUGAGUGGAGUGGGGUGUUGUUUGAGCGACUGAGCCUACGCACCGAGGAGUUUGUUGGCCGAGAGACUGUCGAUCAUCUUGUUUUCGGCAUUGCUGUUCUGCUUGAGCAGUGUCUUGAAACGGCUGAUUUGACCCAGGUGGAACUUCACACCACUGGCAUUGGCGAGAAAAUUCUAAGCGAACAUCUGUUCCCGAGUUUUUCCCCGGAUCCUUCCUUGGAGACCGACCUUUUACUUGACCCACGAGUCCCUGUUCUACACAGUGCAACGCGCCACAAGCUUUUGAGCAUCGUCUAUCUGCUUUCAAAGCAAAGUGACGAAAACACCGCGUGUACGAUCAAGCAGCUGGACGGUCUUAUUCCCCGAGGUCAGUCCAAUUUGCGCUCGCUUCACUGUUCUAAUAUUCUUUUUUCUGACUCGGGUGACCAAGACUACCAAUACAAUGGAGCCUGGCUUAUCGACCGUGCAAAGACGCUUCGGGCCCCGGAAGGCUAUGCUGGUCUUACCAAUCUCUCGAAUACGUGCUACCUAAACUCACUGAUGACUCAACUGUUCAUGAAUGUCGAAUUCCGCGACUUCAUUUUGAAGCUGAAUCUCGUUGAGCCUGACACUUCCCAGAGGCUUCUUGACCAGACCCAGAAAGUUUUCGCUUUGAUGCAAAAUUCGUGGUUGAAAAGCGUUGAUCCAAUCGACUUUGUCGAGAGUAUCCGGACAUAUGAUAACGAGGCGAUUGAUGUCACCAUCCAAAUGGAUGUUGAUGAGUUUUACAAUCUCCUCUUUGACCGCUGUGAAGCCCAAAUCGUCGCUCCUGAGGAAAAGAAGAAGUUCCGCUCUUUCUACGGCGGGCAACUCGUUCAGCAGAUCAAGUCGAAAGAGUGUCCGCAUAUUUCGGAAAGAUUGGAGCCGUUUUCGGCCAUUCAAUGUGACAUCAAGGGGAAGGCCAGUCUCGAGGAGAGUUUGCAGGCAUACGUCGAGGGUGAAAUCAUGCAAGGAGAUAACAAGUAUUCUUGCACUUCAUGUGGCCGUCAUGUGGAUGCAGUCAAGCGGGCCUGCUUGAAAGAUGUGCCGGACAAUCUGAUCUUCCACCUGAAACGAUUUGAUUUCGAUAUGGUGACCAUGCUGCGAAGCAAGAUAAAUGAUCAAUUCCAGUUCCCCGACCUCAUCGACAUGUCACCAUAUAACGUCGAGUACCUGUCUGAGCCGGACAAAUCCAUUGAGCCGGACAUUUUCGAGCUCGUCGGAGUGCUUGUUCAUACUGGCACUGCCGAAUCGGGACACUACUACUCGUACACCCGUGAGCGGCCCAGCACCGAGAAUUCACCUUCCUGGGUGGAGUUCAACGACGCGGAUGUGAGCACGUUCGAUCCGACGAAUAUCGCCGAUCAAUGUUUCGGUGGGCAGACAGAACCCAUGCACAACCUUGGCGGUGUUCCAAUGAACAAGCUCUGGAGCGCUUACAUGUUGUUCUAUCAACGUGUUUCUUCGAUUGAGAAAUGCAAGCAAAUCUACAAGCCCGCAAAACCCGGCGUCCCUGUCCGCGCGUCGGUACCAAUUCCUCUGGCCAACCAGAUCACCAUGGAAAAUGAAGUCUUCAUCCGGGCUUAUUCUCUGCUGGAUCCUUUGUACGCCAGCCUUGUGAUUCAUGAAUUGCGGCUUGUCCAGGACAUAUCUCCCAACUACCCAGACAAGCAGACCUCGGAAUCUCUGGCUGUCAGCCUUGGAUUGGAUACAUUCGAGCAGUUAAUCGCAAGAAACAAAGGUCACAUGGGAGUUGAAGAUAUUGUCAAUAACCUUCAAUGUCUGCUGCGGCGGAGCCCACAGACGGCUUCUCGGGCGCUCUGGUGGUUUUGCGAGCAUCCGACUUCGAUCGGAAAUCUGGUUCUCAAGACUGCGAACGCGGAUGCCGAGAUUCGUCAGCGUGGGCUGCUCAUGAUUACUGCGGCGUUGAAGCUUUAUCAGAAAUACCUGUCUCAGAUGGACUUUGAUGACAGUGAACGAAAGACUUCUCAAGUUCAGUUUGAGCGAAUUGUACAGAACAUUGUCGAUCUUUUCGAAGAGCUCUGGCCCAACGUCCUCACAGUCGCUCGUGCCUGGGAUGACUACUUCGAUUUCUUCUCUCGUCUUGCACAGGCUGGUAUGAGCCAUGUUGGCGUUAUGCUGGAUCAUGGUAUCCUUGUCAAGUGCCUGGAUGUGAUUUGGCUUGACCCGAACGAUAAAGUAAGACUGAGGGGCCCAUACCUGCACUAUAGCAGGUUGAUGGAGAAGGGGCGUCGCUUUUCAUACGGACAAUUGAUACAUCUCUGCACUACACUUGUGGCAUCGCUUGACCUCUCCCUCCCGCCGGUUUGUGGGAAUGAACAGCGGGUCAUGUCUGCGACAGGAAAGUAUGCACCCGAUGUCAAGGAGGCGAAGAUUCUCAUGUCCACAAAUGACGAAGGGUAUCUUUCAUUGCUGAUGAAGCUUUUCCAAACUGACCACUUCUCCGACUUGACAAGCACCCGAUACAUCAUUGAUGCAUAUCUUCACUCGGAGCCUGCCGCGGGAUUGCUCAACUCGGUUGUCAAAACAUUGGAGAAUGGCCUGCGGCUAUCACCUGUUGAAGUCUGCAUUCCAUACCUGGAUGCCACGCUUGUAUUUUGCCAGAAGAGUCCGGAUGAAGCCAGUAUCCUGGGUCUAAUUGACCAUGUCGCCAAGGGAGUCGAGUCGAUCAACAAUGUCGCCGGAUUGGAUCACCUGGAGUUCUUCAUUUUCCUAUGCAAGUCCGAAAACGAACGGGCCGGAUUAUCUCGCGCGUGGUUUAACCAAGCCGUUCAAGAUCGCAUCCCAGACUUUGCGCCGACGCUACUCAUCGACACAGACCGGAGGGUGCGCAAUAGUACUUUCGAGCUCGUCAAUGGUUUGUUAUUUGUUGACCAUGAUGACUUGUAUGACGAGGCUAAGGCGCAUCGCUCACUGAUUGCCCACGAACUGGUUGCUGCUUGUCUCUUGCGUAUCUCUCACUCUUUUACCGAAAGCAGUUCGCUCCCGUCUGUCGAGUCGAGACAGGUUUCCGCCAUUACCUCCGCGAUUCGCUGCUGUCUGGAUGGCUAUUAUGAUGACAGCGAGGCGGACUUGAAGGAGAUGGAAGAUGCUAAUCAAACCCUCCUCAUCCUGGAUCAAUUGACGGUCGAAGUCGCCGACGACCUCGUCUCAGCGAUGGCAUUGAGCGAGCGAUUCGACUUCGACUUCGACUUCAACUUCAACUUCGACUUCAACUUCGAUAUGAAGGCGAUGUAA